GCAGACCAGGUUCUCCUUGCGGAGCAGUGAACAGGCUCAGGAACGUGGACCGGUUCCCGCAGGUCAAGCGUUGCCUCUUACAGCCUUCGGUUAUAUGCACCAUGGCUAUGACUAGUGUCAGAUUGCCCACCAAUAUUUUAAGAAAACCAGAUGCCUGGAUUGGACUCUGGGGAGCGCUACAAGGGACACGUUCACACAAACUCUGUGCUUCCUGGAAUCAAUACUUAUAUUUUUCUAGUACCAAAUUAAAUGCAUCAAAUUAUAAAACACUUUUCCAUAACAUUUUCUCACUGAGACUCCCAGGACUUUUAAUAUCUCCAGAAUAUAUUUUUCCAUUUUCCAUAAGACUCAAAAGUAAUGUAAGCUCUAAAAAAUCCACUAAAAAGACUCUGCAAAAAGUCGAAGAUGAAGAGGACUCUGAUGAAGAGAGUGAUCGUAAUGAGCUGAGUGAGCAGGAAGAGGAGCUUGAGGAUGAUCCCAGUGUGGUCAAAGACUAUAAAGACCUGGAAAAGGCAGUGCAGUCUUUUCGGUAUGAUGUCAUCCUGAAGACAGGCCUAGAUGUUGGCAGAAACAAAGUGGAAGAUGCAUUCUACAAAGGUGAACUCAGGCUGAACGGGGAAAAGUUAUGGAAGAAAAGCAGAACGGUGAAAGUGGGAGAUACAUUGGAUCUUCUAAUUGGAGAAGAUAAGGAAACAGAAACAGAAACAGUGAUGCGGAUUCUCCUGAAAAAAGUCUUUGAAGAGAAGACUGAAAGUGAAAAAUACAGAGUGAUCUUACGACGGUGGAAAAAGUUAAAAUUGCCUAAAAAGAGUACAAUGAAAUAAAUGGAUUGGUUUUUAGUGAUAAAGCUGUUUUUUAAUGGUGGGGGAAGGAGCUAGCUCAAAAGGCAGACAUUUUUAUUAAAAUAAAGCUCUCUUCUUAUUUGUGGAA